CAGAUUGAGUUAGCCUCGAAGUAAGUUCGAAACUUGUGUUACGAGAUACUAACUCAACGAUAGGUACUAUAUUUAUAAUAAAUACUUAUAUAGAUUAAACAUCCAAGACCCAGGACAAUCAGAGAAAGUUCGUUUCUCAUCAUGCCCUGGCCGGGAUUCGAACCCGGGACCUUCGAUGUCACAGACAAGCGCACUACCGCUGCGCCACAGAGGCCGUCAAUUUAGUUUACAAGCAUUAAGUUUACUCUUCCCAAUUUGCGGCAGGCCAAUGUUGAUAUUGGUAUAAGUGGUACCUAAAAGAUAAAAUUUUGUUGAUAGUACUACAUUCUUAGGAAUAAUCCGUUUGAAAUUCCAUGCCCAUUUUCACUUUCUAAAGAGUUCUGCGGAAUUCGCAAUAUAUAUAUUAUUUAGGCAUUUGACGGAUAUGGCAACUAAAUACGAAGCUAGUAUAUUUUAAUUUUUUUCAUAGUUUAAUGUCGUAUGGUCUACUGCUUUGGGGAGCAGCAGCACAUAUACAAACUAUUUUUAUUCUACAAAAAAGGACAUCGAGCUAUCUACGGUCUAAAACAAAGAUUCGCUUAGAGAAUUUUUGAAAACCUCUCAAUAUAUGUAUAUCCGAUAAUAUUAUGCAUCUUAGGAAAAACUUACUCUUUCAAGGAAGUAGGGUGAAUGUACUACUUAGUAAAUCAUCGCGGAAAAAGGGGACAAGUGCUUCGUCUAUUUUCUUGAAUAACUUGGAAACUAUUUAUUUUAUAAUUACAAAAAAAUACAUUUAAGAUCUUCUCAACAAGACCUUUCAUUUGAUAUGCCACACGAUGCAGUUUUCAGUUUUUUUUUUUAAUUUUCCCCUUCCACCCCAAUAAUGACCCCCCAUAUACAGAUUUCAUCUGCUCACGUCACACCUCUGUGUUUGGGUCACAGGAAUUGAUAUGUGUACCAAAUUUCAACUUAAUCGAUCUAAUAGAUUCGGAGAUAAUUGACUGUAAGCGACGGACGGACAGACACACGGGUGAUGAUCCUAUAAGGGUUCCGUUUUUGUAUUCAGACUUACGGAACCCUAAAAAUUAUAAGUUAUUGGUCCCAGAGCAUUAAGGUAGGCUAGAUAAGGUAGGUCGGGAAAUCAUUUCUUAUUAUUCAUUAUCAUUGUAUAAGAUUUUAUAAUAAACUAGCUGUGCCCGCGACUACGUCUGCGUGGAAUAGUUACGUUGGGCAUCAUUGAAGCCCUCAAGGAUGACUAAUUAUUUUUUCACAUUUUUCAUUAUCUGAUGCGUGAUGUUAUAUAUAUAGCCUAAAAAGCCUUCCUCGAUAAAUGGUCUAAUCAACACAAAAAGAUUUUUUCAAUUCGAAUCAGUAGUUCCUGAGAUUAUCGCGUUCAAACAAACAAACAGCUUUAUAAUAUUAGUAUCUAUAGAUUAUCAUUGUAUAAGAUUUUAUAAUGAACUAGCUGUUGCCCGCAACUUUGUCCGCGUAAAGUUCGAGUUGAAUCAUAAUCAUACAGUCAGAUACAGACAGACAGACAAAAAAUUAAAAAAAAAAAUGUAUCCGUUUCUGUCUAAAUAUUAAAUGUACAGACAAAAUAUUUUUACCGUUUUAUUAUAUGUAGUAUUUUGAUUUUCAGUUUUUUUAAAUAAAUUACUCAAACACAAAAAAAUAUUUUUAAUAAAAAAAUAUAUUUUGUUUUUGUUGGGACUCGAACUUGGACCGCCAACUUCACAGUCUCACGCGCUAACCACUGGACCAUCGAAGCCGUUGCGGUGGUGUAAAGUAGACUACAUACAUAUGGUCACGUCUAUAUCCGUUGCGGGGUAGACAGAGCCAACAGGCUUGAAAAGACUGAAUGGCCAGGCCACGUUCAGCUAUUUCGCUUAAUGAUAGAAUUGAGAUUCAAAUAGUGAUGUGUUGCUCGCCCAUCGCCUAAAAAAGAAUCCCAAGUUUGUAAGCCUAUCCCUUAGUCGCCUUUCACUUAUAUUUAUAUAUUAUAGGUAUAAUGCUGUCGUAUAAUGAUAAAUGACUUUGAAUUUUAAAUUUCGUAACUUAUCUGCAGGCAAACUUCUUCUUCUUGAGUUCAUUCAAAUGUCGAUAACUUUUUUUUAGUGAACCGUUUUUGAUGAAACAAACUUUAAAUGUUUUUCUGAGUUAAAACAAAGCAACUGGUGAAAGUUUGAAGUAAAUCGGUUCAGUACUGUCGGAGAUUAUCGUGAUCAUACCUACAUACAGACAGACAAAAACUAAAAAAAAAUAGUUUUGCUUUCUAUUAUUCAUUCUAAGGUGAAAUAAUUGCUUGCGCGAUUUAGGUUUUUCGCUGUUUAUGACUGAUAGCGUCGCGUGAUUUUUUUUUUUAUUCUUGUGAUUUGUGGCGUAUAGAUUUCGCCACAGUACUCCCCCCCCCCAAGACUGGAGAUCUGAUGUCUUGAUCUUGAUGUGCAAUCUGUGCUUCAGUAGCUUGCAAGUGCCAGUUGUCUUCCAAUGAGUCGGUAGUUGCUCGAAGUCCUAGAUUAUAGCACCAAAAUGAUUCCUGGUGCAUUCCUAAGUAAAUUAUACUUUAAAUGGUUCUAUGAGUGAGAUUGUAUUACUGUUACAAUACUGAUUAGUAACAUAAAAACUCAUGAAUAUACAAGUAUUGGACUAAAAAUAUAUAUUGCUCUGUUACCUACUUCUUCUACGAAUGGGUGAACACUUAGCAGUAAUUAACUGUACAACGUAGAUAAAGAUAAUUUAUUUGCCAAAACACGUAUCAUACAUUCUAAUACAUUGGUUGUUAAAAUAAUAUACCUGUAUGUAUAGGUAGGUACAUCAUGUUUUAUCAUUAUCGGUGUGCAAAAAGCUCAUGACAGAUGGGUCGCUAUGGCUGAACUCUUAAAGGAGAGGCAUUCUCUUGCUAACCUGCAUUAAAUGUCUUAAUUGUCAUACUAAUACAAAUUUAAAUAGGAAAAAUAACUUCAAUGUCAACCAAUCGAAAAUUUCGCAAAACAAAUUAUAAUGCAUCACAAAAAAAUCCCUAACGUCGUAGUUACACUUGGUAACCAAUCAAUUUUUUAACUAACUUUUAGUCAUAUUUAAAUUGAGCUCUUUAUAUUCUUGAGGAAUUUUAUUGAAUGUUUUAGGUGCCAUACAUACCACACUUUUAUGUAAGUAGUAGGUACCGAAUGCUGUGGUUGAAGGAGGAGCACACAGUUUGUCACGACCGGGUCGCCUAAUUCUUAUACAUUGGUCGGAUAAUCGUGGAAAUAAUUUUGGAUUCGAUUUUACAAAUACAACAAUUUCAAAUAUGUAUAAGCAAGGAAAUGUUUUGAAUUUUAUGAUCAAUAGGUAUAGAGUGGCUUACUGCUAUCCGUAGUUUGCAGACCAAACAUUGCACGAAUACAGCGCCUCUGCAACUUGAAUAUAUAAUCAGUAUUUGUUGAAUUGCCGUAGAAAUUAUUCCGAAUAGUCAGUCGAAUACACCUUUCGAAUAGUUCCGAGGAUUUACGAUAGUUAGCUAGAUACCUCGUACUACUGUACGAGGUAGGAACUUUCGCUGGCAACUGGCAAGUACAUACACUCUCUUACAGAGUUAAAAAUAUUUGUUUAUAAAUAGUAUCCUUCUCAUCCAAUGCGAGCAUCUACCGGGAGUACUGUUUAGAUUUUGCUUGUGAAAGAAUGUUUCACAUCUUGGUGAUUUUUUUGUAUGUAUAAUAACUACUUUAGGAAACCUUUUUAGAUCACAAUUUAAAAAUAUGGUGAACAGGUCCAGCUACUUGGGUGCCAUGACUAGUCCCGACUCUCGUCAUAAACAGCCGGAAAAAUUGGAGAGUUUAUCUAUAAGCAAGUUAGGCAAUUGGGUAGCCUUACAAGCAGAAAUCCACAUGAUACCUAUCGCCGCAUUGGCACAAAAAGAUAUCAAUGGUGGACAUGAAACCUUAAAUAAUUAUGUGAAUAUUAUAAGAAACUAUCUUAAAAGCAACGUGCCCUGGAUGCUCCAUGACUUGUUAGCUGACGAAGUAAUUAAAUCGUUGUCAGAGCUUCUGGAAAAAACUAAGCGAUCUUUAGGAUUUAGAGGUUCUAUGGGAAAGUUCGUAAGUCAAAUGAAUGUGAUUGUUGUUAUGGCUGAAGUUUUAUUUACAAAGUAUUUGACUUAUGUUUCUAUUGAAAGAGUCCCUAAGAUGUUACGUCAUAGCUUUUAUUCUAAAUUGUACAUGCUCAAGGGGCUUGUAUACUUAAAUCUUGGAUCGCUGUCUGGUGGCUGGAAAACGGCAGACAUGGAAGGAGCUGUUAUUAAAUCGUUAAAGGAAUUACAUUGCUUAAAAUACCUUUUCAUAAAUUAUGACUGCACCGACAAUAUUCUUAAAUGUAUAUCAGAAAAUUGUUUGCUUAUUGAAAAAAUAGAUGUAUCGUGCUCAAAGUGUAUAACUAAUGAUAGUAUUGCUAUAAUUUGUAAGUUAAAAAAACUAAGGAGUAUUCAGUUAUAUAGGACAUUCGUAACAGCAGAUGGUUUUAUAAAGUUACUCUUAACUUGUAAGAACCUAGAAGAUAUAGGAAGAUGUGAUGAAAUUGGUUCUAUUUUAGAAACUAUCAAUUUAUCAAAUUGGGAAGAAAGAAACUUUAAUUUGAAAACCUAUGUUAGUCGAUACUCUACAUUGCAUCAGCUUCAGUUAGCUGUAAACAUGUGUCCUCAAAUACGGAGUAUGACUGUCUUUCAUAAUACUUUACAAAGUGAUUUAAUGGUGCUCAUUGGAUUAAAAGAUCUAAGAGAACUGAAACUAUUAUCAUGUGAUUUCUACGCUGAUCAAGUAAAACAUGUUCUUCAGGUAAAAGGCUGUAAUUUAGCUAGUUUACACCUAGAACACGUUGAUCAAAUAGACUUAAAUGCAUUAAUGUAUAUUAGUCAAAUGUGUCCUUUGCUCGAAACCUUUACUUUAUAUAAUUGUACACUUAUACUACACACGUCACUCUAUACGAAGAAGUUGGAAAUAUUACCCUUUAGAAAUCUAAAGCGUGUUACUGUUGUAUCCACCUGUACUGAGGAUCAUUUAUUGUUUAUACUUACAAACUGUUUAAAUGCACAAUUCAUUCACAUAGGGACAGCGAUCCAGCUAUCGGAUGAGGUUAUUUUUAAAAUAUUAGAUAAAAAUCCAUUGAUAUAUUUGAAAGAACUGCGUGUUAUGCAAUCUGAUUUUUUAACAAUAAAUUCUGUAGAGCGAAUAAUUCAAACUUGUAUGAGCUUAGAGGUAUUAGUUGAGUUAGAAAGUUGGUCUUUACUUACAGAGAGCGAUCGCGAUUACAUUAGGGAUUAUAUAAAAAUUAACAACCUGAAACUAGAUAUUGCGCCAAUCCGGAGAUAUGAUGUAUAAGUAUAACAGCAUCAAAGUGAUUUUGAUAAUAAUCAAUACCUACCUACAUUGAGUGUAACGACUAUAAAUCAUAGUGUGGGUUAUAUGAUUAUUUGGCGACUAACAUUAUUUAUUACGAAAUACAUAUUGAGCUAUCUUAAAAUUGAGUGGACAUUAUUUAGGGGAACUUGACUUUGUGUUAGGGUUUAUUUUUUAAUUUAAUUUUUAUUUCACCUACAUAUUGUUAUGUUAUUAUUGUUGCCGAAAAUUUUGUGGCGGCGGCUUGAAAACUCUUGACUAAGUGAUCUAUCCAUCAAUAUUCUUUUUAAUUAGACUUAUACACACAGAAACAGAUAGGAUACACAUAGGCACACUUAUAACAUAUCUCUUUUUUUCUGAUAAAAUCGUCAAUAUUCUCAAUCAGUGCGCUCGAAUAGGUACUUAUAUUCGCCGACAUUCGGUUCAACGCUUUCAAUUCCCACAAUUUUUAAACGGUCAACCGAUUUUAAUCAAACGUGUCUUAGAACACUUGCACGUAAAUUACCUUUAAUGAAAAAAUAAAUAAUGCUUAAUCCGUUUGUGAACUAUGGUGUUACAAACAGACAGACACGUCACACUUAGGGCAAUUGUGCUUACGAUGACAUACUUUUUCUGUCAGGAUGAAUAUUUCAAAAAAAUCAAGUCAUGUGAGAUCAGCAUAUUGCGUUUAUUCUUAAAUGUAUCAUAAUUAACAACAUUUCUUAAGUUUUAGAACAAUUACUGUAAUAUAAAAUAAAAAAAAUCAACAUAAGUUGCAGUGAGGUAAACGUUUGUAAGACGACAUAUCUAUAGGGUAAAAUGACAUAGUAUGUCAUCUUGGACUUUAAAGGGUAUGUCGUCUUAAAUUGUAACAGUCUUAUGAACAUAGUUCGCAAACAAAAUGUUUCUUUCUUGCAGGUAUGCCUGCGCAUAGUGUGUGACACCAAUUGGAACAUAGUUGACACUUCACCCAAUGUUCUUUUGGCCUAGACUGGCUAAACAUUUCAUUGCAGUAAAUGCAAGCUGGAUCCUCCUCCUCUUCCGCAUCUUUAUGGGCAUAAGGAUCGUCCAAGACGUCGUCAUCGUUCAAAAUAACAGGCUGCGUCUGCUUUCUACUACGCGUAGACCUGUAUUUCUUUGAGGAGGGCCCAGGGUCCAUGUUAGGUAUUUUUUCGAGGUUCUCAUCAUCGUCUAAAUCAGGUUUUGUUCGCUUUGGACCUCGUUUGGAUCUGAGUUUUUUUGAUGCAGGCUUAUAAUUCACGUCAUCAUCUUCAAAAAUAACGCGCUUCACUUUCUUUUGCUGUUUCAGAGAUUUCAGAUUUUCCUUUUCCUUUUUCUGCUGUAUUGUUGAUUUUAUGUCAUUCAUAAAUGGACUAGAUGUGAAAACCUGAGCUCCACCGACUUUUCUCUUUGCUUUUAAUCUUCCUGUAGCUUUUGGUAAUGGAGAAAUGUCGUUAAGUAUGCAGUUAGUAGCAGAAAGUAUUCCCGUUUGCAAAAGUCUAGUCUCUUCUUUGGCAUUUGUGGAUUUUUCAGAAUUAGGCUCUAGGAGUGUAUGCAGGGAUUGAAACGGAAUGUUUUUGUCAUGAUCUUUUAAUAAUUGCUCAACCAUAUUUGCCGCUAAAGUUUGAAGGGAUAAUGGAUUAUUUAAAGUAGAAGUAGCAUCUUCACUCGGAGAAAUAAUAAUAUUAAUUUUAUCGCCGGCGUUAUGAGGUUGCUUAGAGUCAGACUCUUGAAGUAUAGGUUGGGACUGAAAUUCAGUAUUGUCAUUAUGGUGUUGUGAUAAAUGCGUAACUGUGUUUGGUAACAAAAUUGAGGGGGAUGAGGGACGACCUUCAACAUCUCUAGAAGUGGCUUGAAAAUCUAUUUGCUCCUGAGAGUUGUCAGCUGCAUUCUCCAUUAUCUGUUCCUCAGCGUCUGUUGAUUCCGAGGAGUCUUCAUUAUUUAGCUCAGGCUGAGAUGAAGUACUGGCAACCGGCUCUUCAUCGUUAUUCAAUUCAUUCUCGGUAACUUCGCUAGGUAAAUACAUUUCUUCUGGAAAAAUGUUUGGAUUAAAAGGAAAAAUUCCAGUUUUCCCAAAACCACUCGUUAUGUUCUUGACAGAGGCUGCAUUUUCGUAGGCUCUUCCAAAAAUUUGAGCGACUUGGUAUAGGCCUACGGUUCUGCCAGGAUGGUUUUUCAUCCAUGUUGCCAUUUCGCGAUCAUAAUAAGCCUGAAGUGGACCAAAAAAAGAUACAUCAGUAGGCUGCAUUCGGUGUGUGCAAUGUGGCGGCAGACAGAGCAUUAUCACACCGUUGGACUUGGCGAGUUCCAGUGCUUCUAUAUUUUUGUGGCUGGAGUGCCCAUCAAGGAUUAGCAAUGCCUUAUUUGUUACAGAAGCAUUCACAAAACCUAUAAAAUGGCGCAUCCACUUGAAGAAUAAGUCACCAACCAUAUAACCAGAGGGAUAGCAAAGCUCUAAAGUACCUGAAGGAGCACCAUCAAAGUAUUCAGCCUUAUGAUUUUUUCUUGGAAUAAUUAAUGCAGGUGGAACAAAAUUUCCAAUGGCGUUAGCACAGGCAACAACUGUGAAAUGUUCACCGCGUUCAGCACUAGUGACAGCGCCAACUUGUUUUUUGCCUUUGGAUGCAAAAACUUUUGGGGGCUUUUGAACUGUGUUUAGUCCAGACUCAUCCAUGUUGAAAAUUCUAUGCGGCUGGAUCUCGUUAGCAGUAACUUCUCUUUCCAAAAGAGCAAAGAACUUUGAUACUUGAGACUUAUUGAAUGCCCUUGCUCUUGCAGCUGAGGUUGGCUCGGGAGCUCUGAGUGCAAUAUUUGGGUUGCGUUCUCUAAACCCCUUGAGCCAAUCCCACCCAGCUAUCUUCUCAUUCUUAUCAAAUCUGUGAUUCAGUCCCAAUUUUUCAGCAAAUUCAAAAGCUAAUUUUCUUAUUUCAGUCGUGUUAAAACCAAAAAGACGACUUUCAAACUCAAGAACACGAUCUACGAGUGCUUUUUCCAUAUCUUUAUUGAAGGUUGGCUUAAAACGACCAAGAUUUACUGGAGUACUAUGAUAAUGACGACGAAGGGUAGCUUGUGGCACGUUGAAAUGUUUAGAUGCUAAAAGCCAACCCAUCCUAUUAUUUUUUACAGCUUCGAUGGCCUUAUCCAUGUCUUCUUGUGACCAACUUUUUCGCGUCGAUGUUCUUUUAUAAUUACCAGGCAUCCUGCAUUUAAAAAAAAAAUACUCGAAUCACAAAUACUACAAUGUCAUUCAACAAUAAUCUUUAGACAAAAGUAAAACAAAAUAAUACCCUUCUACCAAAUAAUUAUGUUUUGUAGACUUUCAAAUGUCAAGAAUACAAUAAUUUAAAUGUGGGUAGAAAUUGAUUACAUGUUGUCUCUAACUGCGAUGAGAAUGAUAUAGAGUAUAAAUUGUUACGAUAAGAAAUGUAUACUACAUUUCUUAUUAAAUGUAUACUACAUUUCUUAUUUAAUAUAUACCUACUACAUUUCUUAUUUAAUGUAUACCUACAUUUCUUAUUUAAAAGUAAAAGGUAGGUGUAAGAUGACAUAGUAUGCCAUCUUACACCUACCUUUUGUAUGUCAUCUUACCCAAUGCAUAAUGCAAAAUUCAACACAAUUAUCGUGACAGCAACUUUGAGGUUAGAUUUUGCAUUAUUCAGUUCUUGUAUCACAUAAUAACCGCAUAAUACAUUUCAAAUUAAUUUAACCAAAAGAUCUUUACCUUACGCGUAUUUUCACCAACAAACAAAAGAGUAAAAAAACUUUUUUACAUUCAAAAUCACCAAAUAUGAAUUACCACCGGCAACCGGCACUCACAUUCCGUCAUAACUAAAUUGCAAUAAUAGCGACAUCUAUUAGGGACCCUCUAAUACGUCACACGAUCACUUUGCGCGAAUAUUUAAAUCAAUAUGACUAGUGUGUCAUCUUAUCUGACUAUGUCAUCUUAAGCACAACUCCCCUAUAACACCCCUCGUUUUCCGUCGAGGGUUGAAAUAUAUACAUAGCGCAUACUUUGGAGAACAAGGUAUUUACCUAUUUAAUUCCCUUUGGGUAAAGGGCAAAAUUGAUAUCCGUUAGAUAAAUUAAGUAUCUUGAUGAUGAAAUAAAUUUUAUUACCUACCCAAAAUGUAGCUUUUAAUUUACUUAUUUUUUUACAUGUAAAACACCUUAAGGUUACUUAAUUAUAGAAGUUACAUAUAUUGUAUUGCGGGCUUAUUAUAGACUAGCUUCCGCCCACGACUCCGUCCGCGCGGAUGUCGGUCUUCGCGUGGAUGGUUUAUUUCUCCAUUUUGAUAACUCUGACAAUGACAUCUCAUAAAUAUCUAUUGGACCCAAAUACGGCAAGGCUUCGCCUAGAUGUUUCGAUGUUUUAGUAAGAGAAGAUCGCUUAAACUGAAAAAUUAGGAUUUAUUUAUUUUCUACGUAUUUUUCCAGGAUAAAAAGUACUUAUCCCAUUUUAUGCCCAGAAUAAAAAGGAAUAAUUAUACCAAGUAUCAUCGAAAUCGAACUGUUAGUUUUCACGUGAUGCCUGAACAUACAGACAGACAGACAAAAAUUUUUUUUAUCACAUAUUUGGCUUUGGUAUCCAUCCAGUAACACCCCCAGCUAUUUAUUUUUUCAAUAUUUUCAAUGUACAGAAUUGACCCUUGUACAGAUUUAUUAUAUGUAUAGAUCUAUUCUUCUUCUUAAAUUUAACAGCUAACUACAUAUACAUCUUCUUUAUUAAUUUAAAUCUAUCUAAAUUAUCUAUCUAAUCUAUUAAAUCUAAUCUAAAUUAUAAAUCUGAAGAGUUUGUUUGUUUGAACGCGCUAAUCUCAGAAACUACUGGUUCGAAUUGAAAAAUUAUUGCGUUGAAUAGACCAUUUAUUGAGGAAGGCCUAAGGCUAUAUAACAUCACGCUAAAAUAAAAUUAUACUUACAUAGAAAUACUUAUUUAUACCGGCUUAAAAAAUCUCGCGAGCCAUUAUAAAACUUUGCUUUAUUGCCAGUAUAUUUUGUGAUCAUUAAGUUUUUUCUUGUUUAAUCCGUUAGCAUAAAUUGAAUAUACGUAACAUAAUAUAUAAUCACGUCUACAUCACCUACUGGGUAGACAUAGCCAACUGUCAUCAUAAGUCUGAAAGGCCACACCCAGCAGCCCGACAGAAUUGAGAUUGAAUUAGUGACAGGUUGCCAGCCUUGCCAGCCUAUCGCCUAAAAGAAGAAUCCCAAGUAAGUAUAUAAGCCCAUCCCUUAGUCUAAGCCUAAAUAUAUGUAUAUGUUUGAUUUAAGAUGUGUUAUAUAAUAAUAUUAAUAUAAAAUUGUAGAUAUUAUUAUCUGACUAAAAUAAAGAGAAAAGAUUUGUAUUUUUGUAAAAUAAAUUAGAAUUCAGACAAUUAAUCAAUUUUUAUAAUCCCGGAAAAAACGCGUCCGAAAUCCUGUUCUUCUUGCACGCGCUGAUCACGGUAUUAAAUAAUAUAGAUUUUUAAUAUAUCUAUAAAAAUGUCCACAAUACAAUAUGUGUAACUUCUUUUAUUUAUUUUAUAUGUAAAAAAUAAUGUUGGUACCUACUAUACGGUGCAUUUGAGCUUUAUCAAUCCUACUACUAUUAUAAAGGCGAAAGUUUGUAUGGAUGUAUGGAUGUUUGUUACUCUUUCACGCUAAAACUACUGAACCGAUUACCAUGAAAUUUGGUAUGUAGGUAGCUGAAGACCCAGAAUAACACAUAGGCUACUUUUUAUCCCAGAGUUCCCGCGGGAUUGAUAGGGUUUCCAUGCGGACGAAGUCGCGGGCGGCCUCUAGUAUUUUUAAUAUUUGAGUAUUUGGCGAUAAGUGAGUCCAAUUACUUCGAUACACAGCUUUGAAGAAAAACGGAUAUUCGACUUCAACUUCAUUAAGACUUUGCCAAACAUAGACCACAAUCAAAUUUUAGUUGAUAUUAUUCGUACUACAGGUUGACUUCCAGCCAGCACUUAGAACCAAGAGAUCAAUUUCGAUAUUCAUUCUUGUAAACAAUAUUUCGAGCUGUGGUAAGUUGACAAGAUACUACGUAUGUUCUGAGUGAAGACUGUCAAGCUAUGUUUAAAAUUAUUUAAUCUCGUUUUGAACCUCCUCAGGUUGGCAAAAAUUUGCCUCGGCUGCCUUCAGUUUAUUGAUAUAAGUAUUCUAUUACAUCAAUCAAUGAAUAGAAUUUUAAAGAUUUUUCUUUUUCAAUAUCACUUAUUAAUAUUUUGUUUUUACAAAUUUAAAUGUACCUGAACUAAAGAAAUGAAAUAGGAAAAUACUGAUAUAUGUAUGUGUAAAAAAUUAUGCUAGGAAUUCGUGUAAAGCUGGACAUCAUGGCAGUGAUAAGAAAACUACGUGCGGUAUGGGACAGAAAAAAGAAGUCGUUAAAGGAAAUCAAUACUAGGAUAGGACCUACAUAACAUAGCAAUAUUUUGUGAAUGACUCAAUUUACAUAUUCAUACUGUGAUUCAUACACUAAAUUUGGACAUUUUACUUGUUCUCUAUACAUAAGUACAUUUACUUAGUAGGUAUACUGAUGCAAUUUUGAAAUCACUCUGUAUAUGUAGAUACCAUAUAAGAUAAACAUAAAAAAUCACUUGACAUAAAAUAUCACACUAAUGUUAACAGGUGCUCUUACGGAGAUUUUUGAAGGAAGAUAUUUUUAUUUUUGUAAAAAAUAUAGUACUUACUUUUAGAAAAUUUCUAAAUCUAUACCGUACUAAUAUUAUGAAGCUGAAGAGUUUGUUUGUUUGAAUACGCUAAUCUCAGGAAUUGAAAAAUUCUUUUUGCGUUGAAUGGACCAUUUAUAUAUAUAGGCUUUAGGCUAUAUAACAUCACGCUGCAACUAUAAGGAGCAAAAAAAUAAUGGAAUAUGUGAAAAAAAAACAUCCUUGAGGGCUUCAAUGAUGCCCAAAAUAACUAUCCCACGCAGAAGUCGCGGGCACAGCUUGUAAUAUAUAUAUACAUACGUACGUAUAUAUCACUUGCGGGGUAGACAGAGCCAACAGUCUUGAAAAGACUGAUAGGCCACGUUCAGCUGUUUGGCUUUAUGAUGGAAUUGAGAUUCAAAUAGUGACAUGUUGCUAGCCCAUUUACUACUAUAGUAAUAUAUAUGACUUACGAUUGCGCUCGGAAACAGUAGGUAAAUAAAUACUUUGUAUGCGCCAUAUAUUGAAUUUUAGCUGUUUCAACUGAAUUCUAUAAUUAAAUUUUUUUUUAGGUGAAAUAUCUGUACCUACUAACACAACUGAUAAACAAUAAAAAAAUCUGAUAAAAAAACCGCAUUCAAAAUGGAACAAUAUAUUUUCUUGUGAUGCGAGUAAUAACAUACAGACAUACAAUUCUAAAUAAACAUUUUUGGCUUCUGUUGGUCUUAAUGUAUGAAUACAUACAUACAUUAAAUCACGCCUCUUUCCCGGAGGAGAAGGCAGAGACUGCUUCUUUUCACUUGCCACGAUCUCUGCAUUCUUCCUUCGCUUCAUCCAUGUGGAGAGAUAUGAAUGUUCAUAACUCUCUUCAUGCAAGCUCGGCGGUUUCGGGUACUCUUGACCUGACCCUUUACCAGGACGUCCUUAAUUAAUGUAUAAAUCCAUUCCCCAUAUAGAUUUUUUGCCUAUAUCUUUCAAGUACAGACAAUGGUUAGUCACCGAGGUCAGUUACUACCACUUUAUUUUUUAUUAUUUUAUUUUGAUUAGGCUAAGCUGGAGCAAAAAAAGGAUGUAACAAUGUUGGUGGAAAAUUCAUUAUAAUAGGUACAAUUAAAUUAAUACAACAUAUAAUAUUUGUUUUAAUAUGGUAGAUACUUUCUGUUUGUUUGUCUGCAAUACUAGCACAUUAAACUGGUGUUGUAUCUAACAUCUCCUUUUCAUAACUAGUGUCAUUUGUAAUAGGAACUAAUGCAAACAUAUAAACUGGAUAUAAUCCAUUUGGAAAAUUUGUUUGUAUUGAUUGUUUUAUUCUCUUUAAUUUUGCAGCUUUAAAUAA